AUGCCAGGAACAUUCUACCGAUGGUCUGAAGACCAGACGCGGGCGCUUCUGAAUUGCUUGGAUAUGCAAAAACUAUUGAAGAAGCGAAGGAAACCAGCUGAUGGAGGAGCUGAAGAAGUAGACGUCUUAGACGGUCUCAUGGCUGAAGUUCUAGAGGAGUUGAAGAUCCCUGAUGCAUAUGGCUGUUGGAGACCCAGAAGUACCAAACGACACAUCAUGACUGGAGAUAGACCAACUGCACCUCUCCCUAUCAGAGGCACUACUGCCACACUCACCAAAGCUGUUUGGGUGAGGCAGCUCCAGAAGGACGACAAUGGCGGCUUCAAGUUCGUCAGCAAUGCUUUCCAGAUUGACCCUGCACCUUCAAACAUUGCAAGUGGCGAAUCCAACAGCAAUGGCAUGAGCACAGCGCAGCUUCAAACACGAGCUGCCAGCCUUGGUGAUCACACCAUGUUGCUCAUACCUGAGUGGCGGCCGAGUGCAAGUGGCACUAUUGGACAUGAACGCAAACGAUGA